UCAAUUUUUUCUCUGACCCUCUCCUAUCUCUCACAUAUAAUACCGAUUCCUCAAUACUACUGAGUCGAGUAAUAUAGACUCAGAGCAUACUCUCUGUUGUUGUCAGUAUUAGCUCAAACUCAAACUCCGAGUACCAGAAGAGAGAUAGAGAAAGAAAGAGAGAGAGAAAUACAUAGAGAGAGUCAAAGGCCUUCAUCUGAAUUCAUGUAUUGAGUAGAGUCUCCUCUGUCUCUGUAAAUGCACUUUACAUAUGAGGUGAAGAUAUUGCUCGAGUAUAUCGUGAAUGGAGUGCUGAGUGUGUGAUAUACAAGAGCUGUGUUGUUGGGAAAGGCAUAGUUGUCGAGGAAAGACAUCAAUUAUAACAUUACUAUUUGACUAUUUGUUUGUGUUUUAGUGAUAUUAUAAUUAACACAAAUUUAGUCAUUUUUUUAUUGAACUAUAGUGUUGUUUGUGCUAAUAGUGAUCGACAUAAAAAUCGGACUAAUAAUGCUCUCGUGUAUCAAAUAUGUGGUAGUUUUCUAUAACUUUUUAUUUUGGUUAUUGGGUGUCGUAAUACUGGGACUGUCUGCCUAUUUAUGGUGGGACUCCCAGAACUACCUGGACCUGAACGAAGUGGGCCAAUACUAUGUAACCCCUUUCAUAGUGCUUCUCAUACUCGGAGGUGUGAUGACUGUCGUCGGAUUUCUCGGCUGUUGUGGUGCCGUUAGAGAGUCGUCAUGUUUAUUGGGAACCUACUUUCUGUUUUGCGUAACGAUGUGUGUCGCGUGUGGGGCAUCACUAUUUUGGGCCAUUCAUAAUGAACACACUGUAAAGGAUCGUAUAAAACGUGAUACUCAAAAAUUAAUUCAAGUAAACUAUGGGACCGGUAAUACCAAUGCCACUGAAAUGCUUGUGGACCGCAUUCAACGUAACCUCAAGUGUUGUGGUGCCGAAGGACCCAUUGAUUGGCUCAACUCAAGCUAUAAUAAGGAAGCAAACAGUUCAGUCCGAUCGCCUGAAUUUGGUAUCGGAGCCGAUUCGUCGAGAGGUUCAUACCGUAUACCACAUUCCUGUUGUUUGGAGCCUAACUCUGAAACCUGUGCACUACAGACCCAAAACCUCUCGUCACAGAACCAACAAAGAAAUUCUGUUGAAAAUCUAAUUAACCAAAAAGUCAUUCACGGAACGGGAUGUCUGACUAAAUUUGAACAAUUCAUGGAAGACAAGUGGCAAUGGAUUCUCAUAACGGGAGGCAUACUCAUCGGGGUUCAGGUGUUUGCACUCAUUUUUGCGUGUGUCCUGUGCUGUGCUAUCUCACGGGUUGGAGAUAAAUAACCGGUAGUCUAUAAUCUAAGUGUUAUUAAUUUAUAUAUAAAAUGGUUAUUAAUUAGUCUUGAAUUGAUUUAAAAUAACUAAAUUGUCGUA